AUGGGUUUCAUUGCUACGGCCCUCCCCCUCGCCCUGGCGGCGUUCUCUACUGUCAAUGCUGCCAAGAUUCUGGAAGCCGGCCCUGGCGCCGAGACCAUCGCUGACAAGUAUAUUGUUGUUAUGAAGGAUAACUUGUCUCACGAGGCCUUUGACACCCACACCGCUUGGGUUGACCGCACCUACCGCCGCCGCCCAAUGCGCCGUGGCGCUAAGGCUGAGCCCAUGGGUGGCAUGAAGCACACCUACAAGUUCGGAACUGGCUUUAUGGGCUACUCUGGUCACUUCGAUGAGGCUAUGAUCAAGGACAUCUCCAACCACGAAGAUGUCAAAUUCAUCGAGCGUGACACUGUUGUCAAGAUCUCCGCCCUCACCCAGCAGGACAAUGUUCCUUCUUGGGGUCUUGCCCGCGUUGGCUCUAAAGAGGCCGGCGGAAGCACCUACUAUUACGACGACACCGCCGGUGAGGGUGCCACUGCUUACAUCAUCGAUACUGGUACCGAUAUCAAGCACGGAGAAUUCGCCGGUCGUGCUGUCUGGGGCAACAACUUUGCUGAUGACAGAGAUGAGGACUGCAAUGGCCAUGGAACCCACGUUUCUGGCACUGUUGCUGGUACUACCUACGGUCUUGCUAAGAAGGCUAAGAUCGUUGCUGUUAAGGUCCUUGACUGUGAGGGCUCUGGCUCCAACUCUGGUGUCAUUAAGGGUAUGGAGUGGGCUACCAACGACGCCAAGCAGGGCGGCAACGGUACUGUGAAGGCUGCCAACAAGGCUGUUAUGAACAUGUCCCUUGGUGGACCUUUCUCUGAGGCCUCCAACGCAGCUGCUAAGGCUAUCGCCGAUGCGGGUAUCUUCCUCGCUGUUGCCGCUGGUAACGAGAAUGCCGAUGCCAAAACCUCUUCCCCUGCUUCUGAGCCAUCUAUCUGUACUGUUGCUGCCUCUUCUGAGGAUGAUUCCAAGGCCGAUUUCUCCAACUGGGGCUCUCUCGUCGAUGUCUAUGCUCCUGGAAACGAGAUUACUUCCGCCAAACCCGGCAACGGCUCCCAGGUCCUCUCUGGUACCUCCAUGGCCUCCCCUCACGUUUGCGGUCUCGCUGCCUACCUUAUUGGAUUGGGCAAGGCUGGUGGCCCUGGUCUCUGCGAUACCAUCAAGGAGAUGUCCAUCGAUGCCGUGAAGAACCCCGGCCAGGACACCACCUCCAAGCUCAUCCAGAAUGGCAGCGGCAAAUAA